UUAAUAAAUGCUCCUGAAAUAUUCGUUCCAUCUUUGCUUUUAAGUAAUCCAACCAACCCUAUACAUACAACAACACUUCAGCAUUCCAGACUCAAUAUACUACCAACUACUAGUAGUAGAAGUAACUACAUUUCAGCAUUUCUCUCCUUUCUCUCUUUGGGUACAUUUUUUAUGUACUUAAUUUUUACAGAUCAUUGUGUUGGUGUCAUCUAAGAUCAUUAACGUGUUGAUGAUCAAGAUGACGACAACAGCAACAAAUAAUGUUAAUGAUGGGGUUGCUUUAAGUGUACGGCAGCAAACUCUUGAACCAAAAAGAUCUAUUGGCAAUGGUAGUACUGGAAUUGAAGAUUUGGAUGACGAUGGAAAACCAAGAAGAACAGGAUCUACAAUAUCGGCCAGUGCACAUAUUAUCACCGCGGUUAUUGGUGCAGGUGUUCUAUCACUGCCAUGGGUUAUUGCACAACUAGGAUGGGUUGCUGGACCUAUUGCAUUAGCAAUUUUUUCCUGCAUAACGUUCUACACGUCCAGUCUCCUAGCUGAUUGUUACAGAUAUCCCGAUCCUAGAUUCGGAAAGAGAAAUUAUAAUUACUCUGAAGCUGUAGGAACUUUCUUAGGUCAAAGAAUGCAAAUGGCCUGUGGGAUUAUCCAGUAUGUCAACAUUUUUGGUUAUUCGGUUGGCUACGCAGUUACAGCAGUUGUUAGCAUGGUGGCAAUAUUCAAAGCUUCUUGUUUCCAUAAAAGAGGUUUUGGAGAAACUUCAUGCAGCACUUCCAAUAUUCCAUUCAUGAUUGGAUUUGGAAUUUGUGAAGUUAUUCUCUCUCAGAUCCCAAAUAUGAGUGAGCUCACCGUACUCUCAACGGUUGCCACCCUGAUGUCUUUCUGCUAUGCUAGCAUUGGUGUGUUGCUCUCAGUUAAUAAAGUCGCUAAGGGAAAUACGGGGAAGACAACUGUAACUGGAGUUGAGAUUGGGCCAGAAUUUUCAGUAGCAGAUAAAGUAUGGAGUUCCUUCAGUGCAAUUGGUGAUAUUCAAGUAGCAUUCUCAUUUUCACUGCUCUUACUUGAAAUUCAAGAUACUAUGAAGGGUCCUUCGGAAAACAAAAAGAUGAAAAUGGCGAACUUGAUAAGUGUAACGACAACAACUGUGUUCUAUGCCUUGUGUGGGUGCGUUGGAUAUGCUGCAUAUGGAAACGACGCUCCUGGGAACAUGCUCUCUGGGGUUUAUGACCCUAUGUGGUUAGUCGUCCUUGCUAACGUCUGCAUUGUAGUUCACGUCGUUGGUGGAUAUCAGGUAUAUAACCAACCGUUGUACGCAGCAAUCGAGUCGUGGAGUUCAAAGAAAUGGGAAACUUCAAGGUUCGUAAAUCACGAGUACCCCGUACGCAUUCCAGGGUUUAAGAACAAGAAGUGCUAUAUCAACAUGUUUAGGAUAGUUUGGAGAAGUGGUUAUGUGAUAGUGGUUACCCUAAUAGCCAUGGUAUUACCUUUCUUCAACGACAUACUUGCUUUCCUCGGAGCUACUGGUUAUUGGCCUUUGACUAUAUAUUUCCCAAUAGCCAUGUACAUUUCAAGAAAGGAGAUAAGAAAAUACAGUCUCAAAUGGAUUCUACUUCAAUCUCUGAGUGGAUUUUGCUUGAUCUGCUCUAUUGCUGCUGUCUGUGGUGCCAUUCGUGGGAUAUCCAAAUCUCUUGCCAAUAAUCCUUUCAAGGCCAAAGCUUGAUCUUAGAGGGAGAAAAAUUAUUCAAUGACAGUCUGUUGAAGCGAAAGCCUGGAAGUGUACGAAAAUGCAAUACAGGAGGAUUGUGUUUAGUUGAUUAAUUACUACUUAAUUAAUCAGUCUUUGUAGGUUUUGCUGUAAGACAGUUAAGUGAUGAUACUCUAGAUUUUACUAUCUAGCUAGUUUGUAGUAACUUAAUUAUAUUGAGAAAUUCUAGACCUAACAGAAAACUUGCAAAA